GGGGAAAGAAUCCCUUCCAGCUGACAAGUUUCCAUCGGUUUCAAGGCUCCUCCCUCUCGGUAAAGAGGCGGGCUGCGGGGAGCCUGGAAACUGCCGCGUUGAAGGAUUGACACAAAUGGUCGGAGCGCGCUUCUAGGAGUUGGGUCGUGGCUCCUGUGAGUGCGCAGUCACUUUGCAGCGCGUCCAGACGAGCGAGCUCUCCAGACGGACUUGUACGAGUGGAGGAGCCCAGACCGCCGCGCUGUGAGGCUUCAUGCUGCAAACACUCAACUUCCAUGGCGAGGGAUCCGAGAGGGGCAGCGGCGGUCGGCAUGACACACUCUCACCUCCUCCAGCGCUGCUCCGCGCAACUUUGCGCCCCUGUGAUUCUCCUGCUGCUGCUGCUGAGCGCCUGCCUGGCAGUGGAAGGGCAGUAUAACGGCGAGAAGGGCAUCUCCAUCCCGGAUCACGGAUACUGUCAGCCCAUCUCCAUCCCUCUGUGCACCGAUAUCGCCUACAACCAGACGAUCAUGCCCAACCUGCUGGGACACACCAACCAGGAGGACGCGGGGCUGGAGGUGCAUCAGUUUUACCCGCUGGUCAAAGUUCAGUGCUCGCCCGAGCUCAAGUUCUUCCUGUGCUCUAUUUACGCGCCGGUUUGCACCGUGUUGGAGCAGGCGCUGCCCCCAUGCAGAUCACUGUGCGACCGAGCCCGACAGGGUUGCGAGGCGCUAAUGAACAAGUUCGGCUUCCAGUGGCCAGAGAGUUUGCGCUGCGAGAAGUUUCCCAUAAACGGGGCCGGGGAGCUGUGCGUGGGGCAGAACACUACUGAGAGCGGAACUCCCACCCCCGCGGUGCCAGAGACCUGGACCAGCAACAGCAGGACUUACUACCGCGACAAAUUCAUGUGCCCCAGAGCGCUCAAAGUGCCUGCCUACGUUAACUACCACUUUCUAGGGGAGAAAGACUGCGGAGCCCCCUGUGAGGUGGGUAAAGUGCACGGUUUGAUGUAUUUUGCCCCCGAGGAGCUGAAGUUUGCGCGUAUCUGGAUCGGGAUCUGGUCGGUGCUCUGCUGUGCCUCCACUCUCUUCACAGUGCUCACCUACCUGGUGGACAUGAAGCGCUUCAGCUACCCAGAGAGACCCAUCAUCUUCCUCUCGGGCUGCUACACCAUGGUGGCCAUUGCCUACAUCGCUGGCUUUCUGCUGGAGGACAAAGCGGUGUGCAACGAGAGGUUUGCAGAAGAUGGCUACAAAACGGUGGCCCAGGGCACCAAGAAGGAGGGCUGCACUUUUCUCUUCAUGAUGCAUUACUUCUUCAGCAUGGCCAGCUCCAUCUGGUGGGUUAUCCUUUCCCUGACUUGGUUUUUGGCAGCUGGCAUGAAGUGGGGGCAUGAAGCCAUAGAAGCCAAUUCCCAGUAUUUCCAUCUGGCAGCCUGGGCAGUGCCGGCCAUCAAGACUAUAACCAUCCUGGCGGUGGGGCAGGUGGAUGGAGAUAUCCUCAGUGGAGUUUGCUUUGUUGGGAUCAAUAGUGUGGAUGCCCUCCGUGGAUUCGUUUUGGCUCCUCUGUUCGUCUACCUGUUCAUUGGCACUUCCUUCCUCUUGGCCGGCUUCGUGUCCCUCUUUCGGAUUAGAACCAUCAUGAAACACGACGGCACCAAAACUGAAAAAUUGGAGAAGCUGAUGGUGAGGAUAGGGAUCUUCAGCGUCCUCUACACUGUCCCGGCCACUAUUGUCAUCGCCUGUUAUUUCUACGAGCAAGCGUUUAGGGAACAGUGGGAAAAAAGUUGGAUUAGCCAAAGCUGUAAGACCUACGCCAUCCCCUGUCCCAGCACCGGCCACCCACCCAUGAGCCCAGAUUUCACUGUCUUCAUGAUCAAGUACCUCAUGACCUUGAUAGUGGGAAUAACGUCCGGCUUUUGGAUCUGGUCUGGGAAAACCCUUAACUCUUGGAGAAAGUUCUACGCAAGGCUCACCAACAGUAAACAAGGCGAAACGACUGUGUGAGCCCUAAAGUGAACUGGUGGGGGAGACAGGACGGGGGGACUCUUGGGUUUUGUUGUAAAUAGCAACUGUAACAUUUUGUAAGUAUAUUUUGUAUUUAAAUGACAACAGAUCAGACCUUUUUAUUGCAGGAUGUUCUAACUAUUUCUGAGAUUUAAUACUGGAUCUAAAGAGGGUGGGGGGGGGAGUCUUUUGUUUUGCAAGGCCAUCUGCUUGCAGGCAUUUCAGAUAAGGACAUAAUAAUAAUAAUAAUAGCACUUGUGAUCGGUAUUUAUCUUUUAUGCUUUAGAACAUACCUCACUUUUGUCAGUUUCUUUCUAGUGCUCAAAUCAUCCCCCUCCUCAAAGAGCAGGCAGAAUGAGACUUGUCCAUUUGUUCGGAAAGUUGAAGUACAAAAACUAUAUUGGGUGCAAGAAAACUAAAAUUUAAUAUUCCCCCCCCCCUGCCUAUUUUUUAAAACUCCUUUGUGCAGUCUACUCCUCUGGAGAGGCAGCAUUUUUACUAUGUAGCACUUCUGUUGUGUGUAACACACGGGAACACUCGUUCGUUCCGCUCUCUGAAAGUUUAGCCCUUUGUUACUUUGCUAUAAGUCAGUCUUUAUAUUUCUCCUUACACUUAAAUACAGUUUUUUUUUAUGAAUGGCCUGGUAUUCUUUAGAUACAAUGGCUUUGCUUGACAGUUGAUGGGGGGGAAAAGACCAUAAUUAAGCCAAAGAUCUGACUUUGGUAGAAUGUGUUGGGCAGAAUUGAGAGGGUACAUGUGUUAUCAUGAGUUAUUCUGAACCCCGAAAAAAAUUUAGAGCAUUUUUGUUGUCCCUAGAUAACCUCAUGGAUCUUUGGUGUGGCCCUUCUGCACAGAAUAAAUAGAUGGGCUCAUGUAUUUAUUCAUAAAUCCACUGCAAAUAUAGGUAACUGUUUGCAGAGAGCCUUAUUAUGCUUCUCAUUAGCCAGCCCAUAAUAGGCUAAACAAAUCCAUUGUUUGGAGCCCUUUCUUUCCCUACCCGGGAUCAUUGUGAUGGCAGAAGGAUGUGUUGCAGGCAUGUGCCGGGGCUGAGUGCCGUUCUGCUUUGUUUAUCGAAAGUUGCAUUGUGAAGUUAGUAAGUAGUGCAGACAGUCUAUAUAAGGACUUGGGAUAAUUGGAGUAUUAGACUCGCCCCUGUCGCUCCUUCUAGCAAACAUUUCAAUCCUUUUGUUUCUAACAGUUUUAGACCCAGGCAUGAAUGUUAAACCAAUGUUCCUGCAGCUGUUUGGAAGUAUAUUCCCCCAAAAUCCUUAGCUAAGUAUUCCUUGCUGAGGAUUCUGGGAUCUGUAUUAGGGGUGCUUUUGAGUUCGGCAUAACUGCACCAUGGGUUUUAAUAGUGCAUGUUUGAAUUGGUUGUAUUAAUUAUUAACACAGGAUUGCAGAAAGUUAAAGUAUGGGACCUGCUAUCCAGAAUGCUCGAGACCUGGGGUUUUCCGGAUAAAGGAUCUUUCCGCAAUUUGGAUCUUAUACCAUAAACCUACUAGAAAAUCAUGUCAACAUUGAAUAAACCCAAUAGGCUGGUCCUGAUUACAAUAAGGAUUAAUUAUAUCUUAGUUGGGAUCAAAUACAAGCUACUGGUUUAUUAUUAUUAUAGAGAAAAGGGGAAUGAUCUUUUAGGAUUUGGAUAAAAUGGACUCUAUGGGAGACAGCCAUUCUGUAAUUCGGGUCUUUCUGGAUAAUUGGUUUCCGGAUAACGGAUCCCACACCUGUACUGAUAUUUGGGUUAUUAUAAGUGCCUGCAAUAGAAGACUGAUGGCCUUCCAGCAUUUUUGAAAGUGUUUCAAGUAGUUCAGAGCAGCUGGGAUGUGUCAGGUUCGAAAUGAUUUGUCUGCAGAUUGUAACAGGGCAACAAUGAAUCUGUUUUUAUUAUUAAUAGUAUUAUGAAUACUGUCACUGUUUCUAUGAGAAUCACAUUUCUUUUUGUUCUUUAACACUAGGCAGAAAUGUCAGAUUUGUGGGCCCUCCAGCUGUUUUGAACUACAAUUCCCAGAAUUCUCAGCCAGUCUAAUUUGCACUUCACAACAGCUGAAGGGUGGGUGGUGCGUUACGACUGCGCCAUAAGGGUACCCCACCACAUGUUUUCUACUCUUGUCAUUUUUAUUAUUCAUGUCAAAAUCCUAACGCUCCAAUUUCGCUAAGCACUGCAAGAGCUGCAGCUGAUAUAUAAAUGUAUAUUUUCACGUGGUUAAGGGGAAAAAAAGCCAAUUGAUUUCCCCCCUUUCCAGACGAGUAUGCCUUUUUCUGUUUGCUUUCACAAGAUUGUUUAUAUUUAUAGAUACAUAGUUUAUAUAUAAAUAUAUAUAAAUAUAUAUACAUUUAUCAUUUUUAAUUUUUUUGCAAUAAAUACAAAAUGCUGGACUGUU